AUGGCGUCCAAAGCCAUUCCCAUGACCCGUUUGGGCGGCAAAGCCUUCAACCACGGCGCCAGCCAGGAUGCCGAGGCCGAAUAUGACCGCCUGCGCGACAUGGCGCGGGAGGAAGCAAACAAGCGCAACGCCUGCUUCGACCGGGCGCACCAGGCGUACGAGCGCGGCGACGGGGCCGAGGCCAAGGAGCUGAGCAACGAGGGCAAGCGGCACGCGGCGCAGAUGGACGAGUACAACCGGCAGGCGUCCGAGUUCAUCUUCCGGGAGAACAACGCGGUGGACCGGGUGGCGGACGACACGAUCGACCUGCACGGGCAGUUCGUCGAGGAGGCCGAGGACAUGCUGGAGCGGCGCAUCCGCGACGCCCAGGCCCGCGGCCAGACGCACCUGCACGUCAUCGUCGGCAAGGGCAACCACAGCGCCGGCCACGUCCAGAAGAUCAAGCCCCGCGUCGAGCAGGUCUGCCGCGAGCUCGGCCUCCAGUACUCGACCGAGGAGAACGCCGGCCGCAUCUACGUCAACCUCCAGGGCGGCCACGCGCCCCCGCCCUCCCAGGCCCCCGGCGGCGGCUACCCGGGCCAGCAGCAACAUCAUGGUGGCCAGCAACAGCAGCACCAUGGCGGUCAGCAACAGCACUAUGGAGGACAGCAGCAGCAGCACCACGGUGGGCAACAGCAACAGCAGCAGCAGCCGGACGACAUCACGGCGAAGAUUGUCAACAGGCUUGUCAAGAAGCUGGGAGACUGUUGUGUGGUCAUGUAG